AUGUAUUCAGCAAAUCGUUCCAAUCGGGCGGAGACCAGAAAUCGGACCAAAGACGAACUUCGAAAGGUCAUAAACUCGUUGGAAAAAGUUCGAAGAUGGGAAAAGAAGUUGGUCUUAAUCAAAGAUACAAAUAUUAGAAUAUUUAAAUGGGUUCCAGUGAGCGCCCAGAAUUUGCCACCGCCACCGCCAAAGGUGAAAGCUCAAGACGACGAGAGCAACACAAUGCAGUCGGAAGAUGUUUCCCAAGAUUCGACCAGUGUAAACCAGCUUACCCGGUUUGAUAUUAAUGAAGACUCGAACUUCUCUACAAAUGAUGCAUUUGACAGCGACUCAAACCAAACAUUUGAGCCGCAAAACUACACUGGCGCCGCAAAUGGAUCGACUGAUUUCAGCGAAAUGCGAGACGCUGAAAUGUCGAAGUAA